AUGGGCGAUGGUACUGAAGCUGCCACUGGCGAUCGGCAAUGGUCAACGAUCCCCACGAACCUGCUGCUCGCGGAGCUGCAACGACGCAAAGAAGACGGCGUGAGACCGGCCUGCGGUGGCAAGGAAUCUGGGUGGUAUGACACUGUGGCGCACAUCUUUGCGUUGCUGUUGAUCUUGGUGCUGAGCACACUAGCGUGUGGAUUUCCAUUGAUAUCACGACGCGCAACGACGGGCAAACGACAGAAAACCAUUAUAUUCUACUGCCAACAUGUCGGAACCGGAGUACUGCUCGCUACGGCAUUUGUGCAUCUGUUGCCCAUGGCGUUCGAAUCUUUGACCGAUCCGUGCCUGCCCUACUUCUUCAGCCAAGGUUAUACGCCACUCCCUGGCUUCGUGGCCAUGGCAUCGGCCAUCAUGGUUGUCGGCGUCGAAUCCUACCUGACAGCACGCGGUGCUGGCCAUUCGCACACCCACGCGCACGACUAUUUCGACGGCGACGAAAGCGAUGGCAGCGGCGAGUUUCAAGAGAUACCGCUUCACGACCACCAUGGCCUAGCCGGGGGACGGACGAAAAGUCACAGACCGCAGGAUCUUUCAGCCCGGGACGACGCUGAGGCUACGCAGGGCCUUGUGGCCGGCGUGUCGCCGGUGCCCGAAUCCACGCCCACGACAGCCACUCACCGACGCGCAUCUGCAGAAGACGGUUUCAAUGAAGGAGAUUCCGAUUUGGAACUCGACGUGGAUGAGCUGGACCCUGCACCCGUCAAUCACAGUCACAAUGGCAACGGGGCGUUUGCCUCGCUGACGAAGCCCGGAGCGCCGCGGACGGACGCCUCGGAUCCGACCCUGCACCCGAAAUCACCGGAGGAGAUGAGGCGACAGCUUCUGCAGUGUCUUUUGCUUGAGGCCGGCAUUUUGUUUCACAGCGUUUUUAUCGGCAUGGCUAUUUCUGUGGCCACAGGGCCGGCAUUUGUCGUCUUCCUCAUCGCCAUCAGCUUCCACCAGUCCUUUGAAGGUCUUGCCCUGGGCGGCCGCAUUGCCGCCAUACCGUUUUCCAAGAACUCGAUCCGACCCUGGCUCAUGGUUUUGGCUUACGGCAUCACAACCCCCCUUGGCCAGGCUAUCGGUCUCAUUGUCCACAAGAUGUACGACCCUGCGUCCAUGGGCGGCCUUUUGGUGGUGGGAUUCAUGAACGCCAUCUCGUCGGGACUCCUGUUAUACGCUGGCCUGGUGCAGCUGCUGGCGGAGGAUUUCUUGACAGAGAAGAGCUAUCGCAUUCUCAAGGGAAAGAAGCGCCUUCAGGCGUAUCUGGCCGUGGUUGCUGGUUCUCUUCUGAUGGCCGUUGUGGGUGCAUUUGCAUAG